AUGGAGGUUUGUGAGGGUUGGGCAGAACCACUGCUGGAGAGGAUUAAGACACGCUCAAGUUGCAGGGGAGGGUUUAGAUGGGACAUGAGGUACGCUUGGUUUCCUCUACCUCCAUAUUUGAAUCAGUUUCGGGGCUCCGACUGGGAACCAUUUCCGACACCAGUUCUACAAGGAUCCUGCACCGCCGUCAGAAAGUCCUUCUUUAAUGCCGUCGGACGUUUCGAUCCAGGCCUUGAGAUCUUGGGAGAUGAACACUUUGACCUAUCCUUUAAUGUCUGGAUUACAGGAGGAAGAAUUGAAACAAAAGAAAACAGCAGAUUUGCCAAAGUGACAGUUGAGGAUGUGGACCAGUUUCUGGACACUGAGGUAAAUCAGAACACUAAAAGAAAGACGGAGCAGAAUGUAAGAGUCUUCCAGGAAUUUUUGGAGGCCAAUCUGGAAUUCAGAGAGUUUACAGUCAAGCCUCCGACUGAGCUGAGCAAUUAUUUGAGCAUGUUCAUCUUGUCCGUGAAAAUGAAAGAUGGUGGGGAGUAUGAGCCUUCCAGUCUUUGGUCAUUCAUCAGCUCAAUUCAGCGGGUUAUGAAAAAGAAAGGGUAUAACAAAACAAUUGAUGAUGUAGAAUUUUCUAAAAUGAAAGAAACCCUCACACUGAAACAAAAGUCUCUAAAAUCCCAGGGUAAAUGGAAUAAACCCAAAGCAGCGGUUGAGUUAAGUGACGCAAAUAUAGAAGAAAUGAAUGCUCUUGACAAACUUGGCCCCCAAAAUCCCCAAUCACUACUUCACUCAAUGUGGUUUAUUUGUACCAUGCAUUUUGGGAUGCAAACCGGAAAUGAAUGCCACAAUCUUACAUGGGGCGAUGUUGUCCUACUUACCGAUGAUGAUGGUACAGAGUACUUUCAGUACGACAGUGAGCGGCAGACCAAGACCAGGACUGGAGCAGAUGCGAGAAAUAUGCGGGACACCAAGCCUCGUGCUUAUGCAAUCCCUCAGACACCAGAGAAAGACCCAGUUGCCUUGUACAAGCUGUACCGGGAGAAGCGACCAGAUGCGAUGCUCUCUGGCGACACUCCAUUCUUUCUUGCCAUCAACUACCAAAAACAAAAAAGUGGUUCAUGGUUUGAAAAAAAUGCCAUGGGAAUCAACACAAUUUAUGACAUAAUGAAAGACAUGAAAAGCGGAACAACAUUUGAACAAAAUGAACGCAUAACACCCUUCAGGUAAACAUUACAUUAAUCACGACAGAUUCUAAAACAUAAAUAAAAAUAUACAUAAUAUGAAACACAAUACUGCUUUACAACAGCCAUAAUUCAACAUGUUCAACUGGCUGCAAAACAUUAAUCAUAAUUAAAACUUUCAAAUUACCCCUUGUUAUAAUAACCUGAGUAAGAAAGAAAGAUUAUCAUUAUUUCUAUUAAAUAUAGCAAACUCAGUCCAAAAUUCUGGUUUGGGAAAAUAUGUCAUAAUUUCAAAUUAAACUGAAUACAUACAUUAUUCUCAUGCUGAUAUAUGCCCAUUGUUUCAUUGCAGUGUGAGAAAACAUCUGGUGCAGAAACUGAACGACAAGGGCCUCCCCCCGAACCAAAUUAUGCACACAACGGGUCACCAGAAUGUGAAUUCCAUCAACCAGUACAGUCACCUUAAUUCCAAUCAACAAAAAAACAUCUCGCACCUGUUGUCCGACAACACAUCAAUGGAAAUGGGGUCAACAGGUGCGAUCUGUCCUACACACCGAGUCGGACCCAUCUGCACGGUCAGUCCACCUGCCUCAGAUGCCGACUGUAUUCAGUCUCAACGGCAGGUGCAUAACUUCUCUUCAACUGACAACAAGAACUUCUUGACGAGUCUGAUGUCUAGAAAUAACAUCUAUGGCAAUGUUAAUAUCACUCUUGCGCCGGACAUGCUUCGCCAGACACUAGGAACAACUGGCGACAGCGAGAUGUAACGCCGAGGCGAGAAGCGCCCGCUUGAAUUUUCCGAGAAUUGAACUUUCCUAAUUUAAUUCAUGACA